AUGAAAGAAGGCUUUUCUGCUAAUUGCCUUUCUCUGGAUUUAAUUCUUGUUGUUUCCUCCCUUUCUUCAGGGAUGCUUGAAUAUGAACCAGUCAAGAGGUUUUCAGUACAGCAGAUACGACAGCACAUCUGGUUUCAACAGAAACAACCCCAAGGCGAGGCUGUAGUCCCCAUUCUUCCCAGCCCAGGUACAAAAGACAGAUGGAGAAGCAUGACAGUGGUGCCUUACCUGAGGGCUUUACACAACAACAGUGAGGAAGUGGAUGACAAUCUCUAUGACAUUGCGGGUGAUAUCAUUUACACUCAGGACUUCACAGUUUCAGGUGAUGAAGCGACCAGUGUGUCAGGGCUUAGUGAGGCCAGAGCAAAGCAGGACCAUGAGUAUUCAGAACCUUCAGGAGAUGGAACUCAGCCACCAGGAGACAUGAUAACCAAAGAAGAACAUUAGCUUAGUGUAGGAGCAGGCCUGGAAAACCUGUUUUUGGAACCAUGUUCCCUCCAUGGUUACCAGACUCUAAAGAAAGUGUUUCCUCCCAUUACAUUCUUACUUAUUAGAAUUAUUUCUUCCCAUAUUAUCUCCUGUUCUAAUCGUUAAGAGGCCUGCCAAUGGUUACCCUGCCAAAUUGUUUGGGUAACCAUUUAACCAUUUUCCAUUGCCUCUGGAAAAGGAAUUUUGAUAGAUGUUUGUAGUUCAAAGUUAUUUUUCUUGUUGCUCUUUCCUCUUGUAUGAUCUAUUAAGGUUAUUUUGUGAUGGCCCAUUCAGUCUAGGUUAUGUUAGGUGAAAAGGAGUGAUUCUGCUUACAUGAAUGUAUAUAGAGAAGAAGGGCAAGGACAAGUGAAUUGGUAAUGACUUCACUCUUGGACCCUCUUACCCUCAUAUGCCCCUUCACAUAGGUAGGCUCAUGUAGACCCACUGGAUAGGACAAAUCUUCUCCUGUCUUCAUUGUUUUCAGAAUUGUGAUUUCCUCAUUGUUUGUCAUGUAUCAUUCCUUAUUAUAAACUAGCCCUUAUACUGAUCUGUGGUAUAAGAGUGAAGUGAUCUACCACCAAAUAAUGGGUCUUUUUUUAAGGAUACAAUCACCCUGAAAGUCAUCCAUCUUCACAACCCAGUGGGAAAAAAAAUAGUAGAAUUCAGGUUCCAUUUAAUAUGGUUGUUCCUCUGAAAAAAAGUCUUAAAUAAAAGUGCAUAAACAUU